GGCUAAGCUUACUCUUUGCAUGUCCACUUUUGCUGGCAACUAAAAUCACCAUCUCACCAGGUACUGUACAUAAAGAUUAACUGAGAGACACUUGAACUCAACGAGCGUUUCACCGUGCGGGUCCAAAGUGAGACCUGGCCUCAUUCUUCCAUGUUUUGGGUGUGUUUGCUGAUCUAUUGGCUAAAGGGCAAUCCGAAAUAUGCCGCUGCAUUAGAGGAGAUGAAUUCCAAAAAGAUUUGUCAGUUUGGGCCAUGGUUCAAGUUUCUUUUUUUGGCUCUCGCAAUCAUCGCCGUGGCUGUGUUGAUGUUUGUGUGGUCGAACUUACGCUUUCGUGAACCUGGCACAAAAUCAAACCGAGGUCAGAGCCAAAAUCCCUUGGAUUAUCGGAAACCUUGGAUCCUGCCUUUUGCCCACUCAAGUGCUACGAAACGAGUGGCAUCCCCUAGUGACUUUAUCAAUUGUGUUCACCAACCCCUCGUCCAAGACCGUGGGGCAGUUUUCAAGCCCCAGUCAGAAUUGUCAGGGAAAAGGUUCGCCUAUGUUUGGUACGCGUCCUCGCCUCAAUAUUUGUGCUCAGCUCUGGUGGCCUUGAAGAUUCUACAAAAUCACCGGUCUAAAUUGGGACCACUUCCAUAUGAAUUGGAUUAUGUCUUGAUGUUUGUGGAUUCCACCCUGACGGACAAGGCCUUUGCCAACCUAACAGAGAAAUGGGAAUACGAAGGUGGCGUGCUACAGAACGUCACUUCCCUUGCCAAAUUUGCCAAAGGCAAGAGCACUUUCUACAAGCCCACAUAUCAAAAGUUUCAUGCUUUCCAAUUAAUCAAAUAUGACCGAUUGAUUCUAAUGGACAGCGAUGGGUUCACCAUGCAUCAAUUGGACCACCUGUUCCAAUUGGAAUUUCCUCCAGGCAUUCAAUUGGCCGCUCCUCAAGGAUACUGGUUUCGAGAUAAAGGCGUGGUCAUUGGUUCCGACCCGAAAUGUCGCGGUGAAACCGUGGUGGCUGUGACCACGGUCAUGAUGGUGGUUGAGCCCAGUUUGCAACUCUAUUAUCGGGUUCGACGCCAUUUCGGCUCUCUGAAAAUUGACACGGGCAAGCCUAAUUUUGACAUGGACAUCGUGAACAAGGAAUUCAGUUGUGGCGAUGAAGUCCUCAUUCUGCCGAAACAUUACGGAACCAUCGAUUCUGAAUAUAAUGAGAUGGAACCUCUGUCUUCUAUCACGGAAGUUUGCCGAAACCAGGCCAACAUUCAAUUCUUGCAUUUCACAUCACGGGGCAAACCGUGGACCAGGACUGGCGGGGAAAAUCGAGUCAUGUACAAACAAGAGAUCUUGAAGGAGAUUCGCCCAAUUUUCCAUGAAUGGGCUCUAAAAGUGCGGCACAUUUGUCCAGAGACCAUUCAGGUGGAUAUGUAGAAGAUCGCAAUUUUUUAGACCAAUGUUCAAUGUCAAAUGCAUGCAUACUCCCACCCAAAGAAGGCAUAUGUAUCAUCCAUUCAGACCGAGCUGACGGUUUUGAAUUUUGACUCAAAAAUUAGCAAACCGUGAGUGUUUCGGCUUUUUUUUGUCUUUCCUGUUCAAAUUUACUAGAUCAAAAAAAGAUAAGACAAGGGUUACUGGGGGCUUUGAAUAUAGUGGUUAAAGUAUUUACACUAUAAGUAGCACAUAUAUACGUAUAAAGGUCAUUUUUUGCUGGUGAAGAUAAUAGGCAAUACAUACACGAAAAACAUCUCUUUGUGCAAUUUGUUGUCCUCUCCACCAUGAGCCUCUGUCGCUGUAUUGGUUUCCUGGCUGUGGCAUGAGUCAAUUACCAUAGUGUUGAAAUUAGCGGAGCUGUUUUACAAAAACCAAAGCAUAGUACUAGAUGUGAUUGUAAAGGUAAACCUUUAAGCUUGCUUUGACACGGAAGUUCAAGUGUUGGAGGAAAAAGCUAUGUCAUUUUCACGUUUGACUCAUCCCUACAUAUCCGAAAGAUGGCGCUUGAGCGCAAAGGGGUACAAAAAACCAAACAAAUUAAUGCUGUGAUCCUAUCCUUUUGUUCAAGUUUUUCAGCUGUCCAAGUUGAGUUGAGGUAAGCGGGUGAUACAAGAUGGACGAACCGUGAAAUUUGACUUGUUCGAAUAAAAAUUACCAGUGACAAGAAUUCGUGUAUAGUGCCAAAAUAUUUUUGAUGUGAGUGGUUGCCAGAAACAUCCAAGCACUCCUUGAAAGUGGAUCAGACGUGUUUUAUUAACUACAGAGCGAAAAAGGAGCCAACUACUACACGAUCCUGGAAUUCCAAUGUCAAUCAUCUUGAAUUAUAAACAAAAAUAGUAUACGUGAAAAUUGGACUAUAAUGAUUGGAAAUGAUCACCAGUAACCUCUUAAACAGGAUGAAGGGUGAAAACGGAACCAAGGCAUCGAGACGAGAAGUCUCAUUAUGAAACAAGCAGUCCCCAGUCCCUACCUCUUAUCAAUAAUCGUCUUAUCAGGCAAAUACGUAAUACACACUGUUUGAAUUUGAAGAAAAUUCAGUGCCUGAGUAUCUUUUGCUCAAUACAUACUUUCAAGGUUCCACUCAAGUUCCCACCCUCAAAGCAAUGCUUGCGGACAACAAAUUCUUGCAUUAGCGUUGGUUUGGGGAUCGAACAUUUCUCCCACAACUUUAUUCCUAUUUUUACCGCCUCCUAAAAAAACACAAUAAAUCACCAACAAUUUAGCCCUUGCAUCAACCUCGAAAUGAAGGAAAUUCAACUUAUUCUGACGAUAUUUGUCUUGGUUGUUGUCGUGCUCAUGUGUGAAUCGAAAAUUUCAAGGCUAAACUUUGCGGAAGGAGAGACCGCAAUUUUGCCUUGUAAUGGCGGAUCAACUGUACGAAAAUACAUCUGGACGAACCGUGAUACUUCCUUGAGUUGAACCCCAAAGACAGCAACUGUCAGAGGAAGGUUCAAGACGCUCUACCACACUCGGAAUUUAAUAUUUCCAACGGAUGUCUGACGCUUCACGAAGUGAGAUCCCACCAGACCGGGAUCUGGAAGUGUCGGCGAGAGACUCGGCGGGAUCAUAGAGAAGUGACUUACUUAUUGGAUGUUUCUGAGCCGGUCGAAAUGAGGCUAGAUGCUUCCCAGCUCUCCAAAGGAUUGAUCAAAUGUAUCGCCAAAGGUGGAUAUCCCAAGGCCGCGAUCUCAGCCGUUUUGAGUCCGUUUCAAAACGGGAGUGAACCCGUGACGACUUUGAAGCCCACAAAACACGAGUUCAAAACGGCAUUUGCCGAGGCGACAAUUGUAUUUGAGGGUCCAUUCCAAGUCCCAAACAUCAAGGAAGAGGAUGAACUUCAUUUCGUUUGCGUAGGUGAACAAAUUCGAAAUGGUGUUCUUGAGUACCUUGUCACGGAUGAACAAAGCUCUCAGGAGACAUCCGAUCACGUCUUUUGGGCACAACCUCCGUAUCACCACAAGCAGAAACAGCGACCACAACAACAACAAAAACAACCACGACGACGAC